AUGUCUGCCUCACCAGAAGCAUCGGCAUCUGCUCCCCAAGAGCGCGUCACUGGCUCACCCAGCCCUGCUCCAUCGGGCCUUGAGACGGAAGCCAAGCAUGACAUCGAUAGUCAGAAAGACCACGCGGAAAAGAACGAAGAACACCAACAAACUGAAGAACCGGAGACCCACGCGUCCCAGUCUCAACCCGAUGAACCUGAACAAGAUGAACUGACAUCUGCACCACCACUCCCCGAUGAUCUCCCACCACCACUUCCCACCGAGGCUCCGCCCGCACAGACCGAGGACGAUGGAUGGGAACCUGCAUGGGACGCCACCGCAGGGGCAUAUUACUUUUACAACCGCUUCACUGGAGUUUCACAGUGGGAAAACCCUCGCGUGCCUCAGGCCCCAGCAGCCCCAGUAAUCCCAGCAGCCCCCGGCACAGAAGACAGCAACCAAAGCGCAGUUCCGAAAAAAGAGCCAGUCCUUGGUGGUUACAAUCCCGCGAUCCACGGCAACUAUGACCCCACGGCAUCGUAUGCGCAAUACCACGAAGAGCCAGCACAGCCCACGAGCGCAGUCGGUUUCGACCCCUCUGCAGCAUAUGCAGCUACCGGCACAUUUAACCGCUUCACUGGACGAUGGCAAGCUGAUUCAAUCAAUCCGGAAAAUCACAAUGAUGCGAACAAAUCUCGACGACAGAUGAACGCUUUCUUCGACGUUGAUGCCGCGGCAAAUAGCCAUGACGGCCGGAGCUUGCGCGCAGAGCGCAGUGCUAAGAAGUUGACGAAGCAAGAGUUGAAGCAGUUCAAGGAAAAACGUCGUGAGAAGAAGGAGGAGAAGAGGCGGGCUUGGCUCAGGGAUUAG